AUGGCUGGGAGCCCCUGUGCCAGGCUCUCUGCAAAGGACAUUCAGAGAGGCAUGGGUCCAGCUUGCACCUGCUAUGACAGCAACUAUGAAAAAGAGCUGAAGAGCUGCAGGUCCAAGUGCCCCACUGACGAGGGCGAGAUCGAAGCGACUUCUCCGGAGGAGGAGGGGCUUUGCUUCGGAAGCGCUGGACGCGAUACGUGUCGUGCCGAUCAGCUUGGGGGCACGUCAGAAAGAUUCCUCCUUUACGACGUGAAACCUGGCGAAGGCUUCAACUUACAGCGGGAGGUCUUUCCCCGUGUGGGAUGGAUCGUGUCUCAGCUCAACGCUGCAGCUCAGCAGCAGUGUGGCAGUGCCCGAACUUGCCCACGUUGGAGCUUGGUGCUCCCUCCCUGGUGUAGGUUGGCACACUGGCGGCAAUCCAGUCAGGAACCUGUUCCCUGGGAGCGGUUUUUCGAUGCUACGGCCCUGCGCUCGCCGAACAUCAGCGUGAUGGAGUUCUAUGAGUUUACCAAAAUUGCUGGCGGUCCCAAUGUGGACGUGGUGAUUAGCACUACUACAGAGCGCCAGCCACGGAGCCAAAUGAUGAGCAAACCGCGGAAGUCAGGAGGUUUCUACGGCUUCACGCGCAAUGUCCAGCAGUGCUACACCUCUGGCUCUUUGACGCCUCCACGGCAGGAAUGGAUGGCGAAGGAGCAACGGUGGCAAGUGACCUAUUCGGGAAGCUGUGCAGAUGGUGUCGCCGCCGUGGACCACCGCUGUGCCGUCCUUGCCGACUCCUCGGCACGCGAUUGGGUGGACCUGGCCCUUUCAGCGAUGCGUGAAGGGGCGCGAUCUGUCUUGCUAAAAGCUGCUGAUUCAGUAUCGCCUCCCGGCAAGGAGGAAUUGGAUGCUUUGGGCCUUCGUGAGGCCAUGCUCUUUGCGAAGCCCCUCCGCGAUCUGGGCGAAAGGUAUAUGCGAGAUGUUCUGCAGUCAAAGCCCUUUUUGGCCGUCCAUUGCCGGCGCACAGACUUCCUCAAGGUCCGGGAAGCAACGACCCCGAGCGUGGAAGCUGUGGUGGAGCAACUGGAGCUGGCCUUGGCAGACUUCAACCUUGACCAGGUGUAUGUCGCAACUGAUGCUCCCAACGACUUGAGGGACAACUUGAAAUCAGGUGUCCGGACAGGUGAGGUCUUCUUCUUGGAAGAUUUUCGUGAUGCAGACCUCAGUGGAUGCUAG